CUUCACGCAAAGGCGAUCACCUUUUUGAGCUCGCCAAUCGAAGCUAGCGCUUUUCGCAUGCAGUUUCCUCCCGUGGAAAGGAGGAGCGGCAUAAAUCUGUUCUGAAGGGCUCUGAGUAAUUACUGCAGGCCCAGCUGGGCAGGGCGCGGCUCCCCCAGUCUCAAGUGUUGGCUCUUUGCCCGCCGCGGCAAUUCGGCAGCCAAAGGCUUCCGGGCGGCUCACUUGAAGGUUUGGCUUGCUGCCUGAGAGUCUUCAUCUUGCCGUGGACCCGUCGACUUUGACGGACGUCAUUGCAAAGAGCAGACUCUGACUCAGCGUGGCCAAGUCGGUGAAGCCAUGAAGCUGCUGCACGCCUUCCUGCUGGGUUUGGUGGCAGGUUUCCUCAGCCCGCUUAUUGGCCGUGUUGCGGCUGACCUUCCUGUCCACUGUGUGCACGGCGACAUGCUGGGUACAUGGGUGUUCUAUAUUGGCCACUACCACGCAUGCGGCAUGACGGACCACUUCUGCGGCUAUCCUAUCCCUGACCGGGAGGACGCCCACAAGCACCUGACGCCGCCACACAUCACGUCCAACUUCAAGAUGGAGAGGACCGUCACGGUGGUGUUCGACGGGACUCACGCCAUCUUCAGCAAUGGGGAGCUGGGCAAGUGGACGAUGGUGUAUGACGAGGCCUUUAACAUCGAGACACAAUACAUUAUGUGGUUCGCUUUCUUCAAAUACGUGACCGACGUCGGCCUCAUGGGCGGCAGGACGGAGCACUCCUUUUGCGACCACUCCCUGCUGGGCUUCUGGUACACCAUGACAGAGAAGAGGAACCUCACGCAGCACAUGUCUCAGCACAUGCAUGAGCACCCCAGCCGGCGACAACACAAGCUGCUUCAGCAUGCCGUCUCCCCUCUCUCCCGCGCUCUCAUCCCCUCGAUCUUCCUGGACCAGACCAACUCAUCCAUCGACGCUGACAUCGGAUCAGGCCUCGACAGCGAGGCCUUCAAGAACAACUUCAAGGCCCGCAUGGAGGCACAAGUCACCAUUCAGUUCCCUGCCAGGCUAACAGACCAGGAGCGCGGAUGUUUCUGGGCGGUAAGGGUGACGGACCACAACGGUCAGCCGACGACCAAGAAGGCGACGCGGUCCCGCCAGCUGAGCGCCGAGCACGUCAAGAACCUCAUAUGCAGCGGUCGCUGGUGGACGGCAUGGACGAUACCGACAUCUUCUCCAAUGUGGGCGGGUCGUGGGGCGAGGGGCAGCAGAAAGAGGCUGCCGGGCAGGGUGCGGAAGACCAAGACACCAAGGAGGCCCUGAAGGCUGCCGACGCAAACUUUGUCAAGGCGGCGAGGGAGAUGGUUGCCAUGAGCCAGGACGAUCGGGACAGACUCAUGCCCCAGCAGAAGCAGGUGAAAGGGAGAGAGCCAUGAAGAUGAAGCAAAGACGAGCGACGAAGGAGACAUGUGCGUGUCUCUUUUUUGUCAGUCGAAUGGAACGUCUGUGGCUGAGUUUGUGGACAAGCUGCUCAAGAGCGUCCAGGACCAAAACAAAAGUAGGGAGACAUCAUUCAUUUCUGUGUCUCCGUGUCUCACUGUCCAGUUCUGUCUCUUCGCUGCUUCCCAGCCAUGUCCUGGACGCCCACACCUCAUGGCUACGUUGAAAUCCACGGCAAGAAGGUAAGGUACAGAAGGCAGCCAACGUACGAUCCAUCCCUUGUUCCAAGGUUGGCGCUUCACCCUGUAUCUCAGCACUAUACGCUGGAGGACUUCUUUAAGGCCAUUGGCAUCAUCCCGUACCAAACGUCAUUGGACACUGUGGUCAGUUAACCCCUUGCAAACAUCCUACCGGUGCUCAUUUGAUUUGUCCUGUCUUGUUCAGAUCGACCCCGACCACAUGCCCAUUCCGCCCUCCAUCGAGGGCGAGCGCGGUUUCGACGAAGGCCUCCUUGACCACCUCCCAUACAAGUAUGGUCUGGCGCUGGAUGACCACCUGGACGAGGCCACAAUGCAGCAGACCUUCCUCGACCUGCCCUACUGGAUGGGGCCCGUCAGCCCUCCGCCGCCGUACAAGAACGACUCACAAACGAUGACCUUUAUGAAGGUCUUCUUCGCGCCCGUGCCGACCGACCGGCCUUGGCAUCGGAAGUCAUUCGACUGGCGAAAUGAACAGGACGUCUAUGAGCGGGUGGGCAACGGAGGGAGAAGAGACUUGGCUUUGGAGGGUGCUUACUCGUUCUCAUUUCUCUGUCUGUCUGUGUGUAUGCAGACAGGAUAUUGGUUCAAAGGUGGCUUGGUGCCAGAGCCUCACCCGCAGGGUGGAUGUGGGUCAUGUUAUGCUGUGGCGACUGUUCAGAUGCUCACGGCAAGGUAAGGUGAGACAUGGCGCUGCCAGGUCAUCCAUCCGUUGCAUUCAUUGAUGUUGGCAUCCAUCCUCUUGCUGCAGGUUGUGGGUCAAGUAUCUGCACAAUCCCGAGGUUGUCAAGAGAAUCUACCCCUCAGUCGAACAGGUAUCCAUAUCACCAUUCAUGGAGUGCCCGCCUUUCUGCAUGACUCACUCCAUCAUUUCGUUUGCCUCUGCGUGUGCAGGCCUACCAGUGUGGUGUCUACAAUCAGGGCUGCGGCGGCGGCUAUCCAUUCCUGGUGGCCAAAUUCGGGAAUGAGGUGGGCCUCAGGACCAGGGAGUGCGAGCAGCAAGUGCGCCAAGAGCUGCGGCGAUCAUUUCCAGUACGAGACACAUGGAGACACCGCAAAGACCUCUUCAUUCAUCUGGCUUGCCCAUGGGUGUGUGUGUGUGUGUGUGCAGCACAGCAAGCGCCCAGUACAGGACCUGUGCAACAUCCUGGGCGGUCAAGUGAGUCUCGAGGGCAGCUUCAACUGCGAGGAGCCCCCCCACCUGGACACACUGCCCGAUGACUGCACCUGGCUCCUCCGCGUUACCGAGUGGACCUAUGUGGGCAGGACGGGUGUGCUGGGCUCAUGCGACGAGAUGAGCAUCGCCCAUGAGCUCUGGAGAGGCGGGCCCAUGGUCGUCUCUGUCGAGCCAGGAGGUAUUUCUGCAUUGGCAAGGGACACAAUUGAUGGAGGCCCGUGCAUGCGGCUUCUUGUCUGGUCUUUGCAGCUGAGUUUGGUGUAUAUCACGGCGGUAUUUUGACCAGCGACUACACCCCCAAAGUCGAGCGCGUCAACAGGGACCUGUACCAUUAUGAAAAGGUCGACGCAGAGACACAAGCCUCCUGCCCGCCGCAUGAUUCACGUCUCUCUCUGUAUCUAUCGUGCAACAGGUUGACCACUCCAUCCUCUUGGUGGGUUGGGGGGAGGAGCACGGCCACAGAUACUGGAUCGUCGCCAACUCAUGGGGGCCGGCCUGGGGAGAAAACGGAUAUGCGAGGGUCGCCAGAGGCAAGAACGAGCUCUCGAUCGAGCACCUGGGGAUAGCUGCCGAUGUCCAGCUCUACAAAGGGGCCGGUCAUGGGGGCUUCAUCGUGUCGAUGCUGUGACUGACAGAUGAUAUGUCCAUCGACAGGCGGCCUGAACACCAGAUGACGGCAGUCUGUCCGUCUGUCCGCGUGUACGUGUGUGUGUGAGGUUUUGGGAUGACUGAGUAGGAUGGGAGUGGUGUGGGUGUGUGCGAGGUUCCAGGAUGAGAGAUUUUAGUGGGUCAGCCCAUUUGGCAUGACAUGCAGCUCUCUUCACGUGUGACGCACGGUGCGACAAGAACGACUGACUGGAAUUCAUAUCACUCAAUGCGCCAACAAAUCA